AUGUUUAGGCUUGACCAGCAGACCGCGCACGACGUGGUCGGCGACCUGCGGGGGGACCCGGCCAUGAUCGUCCUCUUCGCCGUCGCGGUCGUCGCGUUGGCGGCCAUCGCGGCGUUCGGGUGCGCCAAGGGGGCCAAGAAGAAGCCGCGCCAGAAGAGCGUCAGCGGCAACAUCUACUACUACGGCGGCCCAGGCUGCACGGCGCCACCUCCCGCUCCGGCGAAGCCUGUGUACGCGGCCAGCGCUGGGAAGAGUGCGACGACAACAGUGUCCUCCAGCGGCACCACAACGGAUCUCGCCGCCGGCGCAACAGCUGGGAUGGUGGCGAGCAUGGUCGUCAGCUCGGCCGCCGCGUGCGGAGGCGGAGGAGGGUGCGGUGGCGGUGGCUGUGGAGGCGGAGGAGGGUGUGGUGGUGGUGGCUGCGGUGGCUGUUGA